AUGGCCGCGGCCAUCGACCUUCGCAUGGGAUACACUCCCUGGCUCGGUAUGAUGGAGCUAAUUGACGAACUCAUCAAGAUGCCUACCCUAAACAGCCACAUUGUCAACCGUCGUGAAGAAAUUGAUUAUAUUGGCCCACCAGGCACGUUCAUUAUGGCGCAUUAUCACAGCAUCACCGUGAAAAGUCUCAACUUUAUUAAGCAGACAAGCUUGAUGAUGAGAUCUCUGCCUCGGCAGUGA